CCCAGAUUAACCAGCACAAAGAGCUUUACUAGUGAAGAUUCAUUUUGGUUCACGGUCAGCUUACAGUCUUCAUUCCUUUUACUGAUAUGGCUUCCCCGUGUCAACAGGCCGCUGCCAUGGGCGAGUAUCAACCGAGACUACACUGGGGACUGGACCCAGUACAUUGUAGUUCUGUUAAGUUUUACAUCAAAGACGUUCUAGAAAUGUCUGAAUAUCCCACGUGUCCUGGAGCAUAUGCUUAUUUAAACCACCCAGUCAUAAAAGUGGAUAUCAUGGGAUAUGUAGUGGAAGUUGAUGAAAAAACACGUUUCAUUUCGUACAGUAUUGACGAUGGUACAGGCGCCAUCAGAUGUGUGUGCUGGAAACCCAAACAAACGUCAUCAGCCGACAUGCGAUUUGACGAAACAUUCAAAGUUUACUGUGCGUCAAAUGAUGUAAGUUUUAACAAUUCUAUUUCUACUUUAGAAUGUCUAAACGAAUUAGCAAAUUCUGUUAGUGAGAGCAAGAGUGAACAUGUUUUAAAGUUGGGCGACUUUGUUCAUAUUCGAGGAAAAGUCAAGGAAUACAAGAAAGUGCGAGAUAUUAGUGUGUCUUACUCUAAGAAGAUCGAUGACCCAACUGGCAGUAUCGAGAUGGCAAGAAUGCUUGAACUACCAACUCUGUAUGAAAAUGUUUACGACAAGCCGUUUUUGCUGCCACGCGAACUGGCAGAAGAAAUAGAGUCACUGAAAGAAGAAAGACAAACCGGUCUUAAAACUGAAGAGAGAAUUGUCCGGGAAUUGCAAGAGAAAGUGAUAAACUUUCUGAAAAUAAAUAACAUUAAUAGUUUUGAAAUAACUGACUUACAGACGGUAUCUGAUUUAAUUGAUAUAGCCCAACAGCCUUGUAAGGAAUACACCCAAAUCACAGAAACGUCUAUGAGAAAAAAAGCCACUGCAACACAAAUACACACAAUCUUCAAAAAAGUGGUUCAUGUUUUGGAAGAGUUGGGUAUUGCAUACAAAGAGUCCUAUAAAUAUAAAGUUGUUCAAGAUGGAGAUCAUUUAGAGAAGACUAUUGUGAAUAUUAUUCAACAAGAUUCUCAAAAACCCAAAUAUAAAGAGAAAGGAUGCCAUUAUAUGCAUGUGGUGGAUUGUUUACACCAAUAUCAACAAUACAAGAAAGUAACCAUGACAACUGUACUCCAAAUUCUAGAUAAGUUGGAGAGUCAGAGUGACGUAAUCAGUACCUCACACAGACACUAUAUUGCAUUCUCUAACAGUUCUUAA